AUGGACACAGACCACACGUCAGAUGAGCUGCCAGCAGCCAUGGCCCGAAUCGAGCCAACUCCAGUGCCACCUCCAACUCCCGCAGGGGGCUCCCCGGCAGUCUCUGGAGUCACCAUCGGUCUGACAAUUGUAGAAGAGGAAGUGGACAGCGCAGAGGUCAUCUUAAGCUGGACCCAGUUCCUGUCCACCGUAAUAGAAGACGUCAAAGAGGUCAGGUCUCAGGGUGGUCAACUCCUGACCUAUGAUAAGGAUGAGGCUGUGGAAGCCGUACUGGAAAUUAUGGAGGACAUAAGGGAGCAUCCGGACCCUGGGUUCCUGCUUAGGUUUACCAUGGACACCGUCACGGAACUCACCACAAUGAAGCCGCCUAUGCAGUUCAAUAUAAAGGCUGCAGUUCUGAACGUGGCGGUGUCCGGGCUCAACCAACUGGACCCAGGGACCCAGGAGAACAUGGCCUCCUUCAAGAAUAUGCUCAGGGGGCUGCUGGAGGAGGCCCCCUCUGUCUACAACACAAUCAGCAUCUUGAAAGAGCUCCACAGGUACAUUUACUCAGAGGAGCCCUGGCUGCAGGCUCUGGGCCGAGAAGCCUAUGGAUACGCUCUGGCGCAUGUGAUCAGACUUCCCAAUUUGGAACUGACCACACACAAGGAUUUUUUGAGCACUGAAGAUGAGUUGACUCAUCAUUUGAUAAAAAGCACCAUCAAAGACGAUCUUGUCCUGGAGGAUUUCAACGAGGAGUAAUAGUAGUAGUUUGGUAAAUGUAUGAGCAUCAGAAUGGAGAGGGUGGGAGUGGUUGAAUAGACAUUUGAGCUGGAGACUCAAUUUUUUUUCUUUUUAUAUUGUUUUAUAGGGUGAGAGAAAUGUUUGAGAUCUGGAAGCAAGUAAGAAAAGAAGGGGGAGCAUAACAACUCUAGAAAGGCUAGAACUACUGAUGGAUGGGCUAACAGUCCAAAUUCCAAAACAGCCAUCCCAGUUCCUAGAGGAAAGGUCUCUUAUUGAAUACGAUCCUGCUGGCUUCUGCACGCCUUUCAAAAACAAUUGACCAUAUGCCACGGAGGGCUUCUGUUCCAUCCAGUUUUCCCUUGGAUGUGCAAAAGUAUCUGCACGGUUCACGCAUCAUUAAUGCUUCUCUGAGGAAGGGCAGGAUGCCUCCUUGCUUCAGGAAGGCCAUGAUUAGACCAGGGAUGAAGAAACAUGCAUUGGAUUCCAUUCUGGGCCUGUCUCCAACCUCCCACAGUAGGACCAGGAAAUGGCCUAACUUCCCUAAAGACUUACCUGGAGUCCAUAAUGAGCCGGAUGAGGGAGAACAAACUGAGGCUGAAUGUAAGGAAGACAGAGCAUUUUGAAGCCAACUACAAGUGAAAAGAUUCUUAAGCCAAUGCACACACUACACUGUGCUGCCAACAGAGUGCAGCCCAUGAAGCUUGUCACUCCCACCCCGAUAUCUCAACUGCCUAAAAUCCACAAAAAAUCUCAGUCAUCAGCUCUGAUUCUGAAAAAGGUGUCUUUGAUGCCUAUGGAACCUAAUCCUGAGCAGGGACUUCCGUCCGAGACAGGGAUCAUUACGUUGCCAGCACAGACUCAAGAGAUCACUCCACUCCCAACAAGGGAGACUCCAGAGAAGCCACACCAAGUUCACCCUCCGAUCCUGAAUGUGACUUUGAUCCAGUUCACAUGGAGGACGAUACCAUCAACACUAGCUUGUCUUCUCAACACAGAACCCCUCCGGACUGAAGAACGUUCCCUACACAAUACCGACGAUACAGAAGAGACUCUACGUGAUACCAACCCUCUCCGGGUCACAGGGAAUCUCCUCACCAUCUGUACUCUCCAAAACGCUAUCCCAUAGGAUUUGGCCUAUUGCUACUGAGAACUUUGACACUGAGACUACUCUCCAUCUGAUCGUGCCUGAUCGUUACACUUAGUACUUCAAUGACAGAUCUGGCAUUGUUGAUAGAGAACGCUAUCUCCACCCUUGCUCUUGGGCUCCACAUCAACACCAACAUCCAGAGAGACAGGACCAUCCAGACUCUCGGUCCCGAUCACACUCUCCUCAGCACUGCAGGUCUUGGUCUCAGUCAAGAGAUAAGAGAACUCAACCACCUAAGCAGUCGGACAUUGACCCUCUACCACCAGAUUCCUCAACUGAAGAAUCCGCCCCUGAGGAAGAUGCAGAAACAGCCUUGGACAUCGCAUCGGGUGCCACACCUUCAGAUCUAAUUGAAGCUCCAAAGCCUCUGUCUCCCUCUGAGUACCUGAAGCUCUUCACUGACCAAGCGGCCCAUAUGGCUACCUCUUUAGGUAUCCAGAUUAACGAACCUCCUCAAUCUUCUCCUGAUCCCAUUUUUAGGCCAAUUGGUGUAGAUACUUUGGAUUCUUUGCUUCCUACCACUUAACUCUGCUUGAAUUGGCAUUGUCAAAGCUUGCUGGGGGAAACCUGCAUCUUUGCCACCUACCUCUCGGAAGCAAGGUUCUUACAAGGUUCAAGCCGGGGACAAUCAAUUCCUUCUGCGCCAUCCUACACCUCACUCCAUUAUAACUGGAGCUGCUCAAUCCUGUGCAAAGAACAGAAUCCAUUCAGCAGCACCUGACACAGGAGGCAGAGAAGUAGAUGCCCUUGGGCCUGUCCCUUUCCAAACAGCUCCUCCAUACGUCUCGCCAUGCCACUGACUGUACGGUUCAUUCAGUGUCCGCUGUGGUAACUGUGUGCUGGCACACGUGGAUGCAUUCAUCUACCUUGGCACCAGGA